CCGAGGAGCCAUACGAUGUUCCAAACUGCAGGACCGAGAUCUUGGACCAAGUUUUACUAUCCAAGUCAUCAUCGCGGAUCAACCAGCCAUCACUUUGAACUUGACACGCGUAGAGAACAGCUUCAUAAACAGCGGGGUCAUCAUAUGGAUCGCUGAACAAGAAAAAGAAAGUGGUGAAAUCGAAUACAUUCGGGACCAUGCGACCAUGCGAGCAGUUGGACGUUUCACUCUUUACAGGGAUUACGAAAAUGAAGCUGCAAUUGUUGUAUUUCAUGACGCUCACCUUAUUAAAGGGUGGGUGCAGAAUCAUCGAUUCGAAAAUCUUGUAAAGAUUACAAAUGGAUCGGCUGAUUUUAAUGAAAUCUUUGUUUUGAAAGAUGAGUACUUGUCUUUGGAUUUCAGAGAAUUGACUGCUUGGAUCCCUUACACCUCAGUAGUGAUUCGAUUAGCUCACGAAGAUGUCAGCAAGGGCAAACGAAAUGCUGUGAUGACAACGAUUGCAAAUUGGAAUGCCGUAGAGAUGUUCUAUGUUAUAUUCGAUAAUGCUCCAGUCAGAAUAAAUAUCAUUGGCAUCAUCCUCCCGACAGAUAAGGAAUCCAACUCUUGGGUGACAUCCAACAUAUUCCAAAAUGAAACUGGCAAUUAUUUGAGUCCUCAAAGUUUAAUUGACCUACAUGCAUAUUACUCCGAUCUUACUGAGACAAUAUCCGUACUCAGCUAUGUCCCGGAAAAUGUCGAUAUUAACGCAACGAAUGCAGCAGGACAAGCAGCCAGGAGCCAGGGCCAAAAGACGCGUGUUGCUAUCAUUCGAACUGAGGAAUCACCCUCAACUACUGCUUACAAACUCAGUCGUCUAUCGUCGAGUUCACAGCACGAUGGGCGUGAAGAGUGCAGGGAUGAGGCAUGGAAUAUAAUUCCUCGGAGAAGUGCAACAUGGCUGAAAAUGGCGGAAAAUGAAUAACUAAUAUGAAGACAUAUUUGCAGUGAUAAAAUUAUUAAAAUCUACCCGUCGAUGAAAAUUAAAUAAUGUACAAUCUCCCAUAAACAGAA